AAAUUGCGAGACGUGAUUCAAAACUUAGUUAAUAAUUAUUGUUAUUAUGUACUUUGUUAAUUCUUUUUGUUUAGUAAAUGUAUACAUUGAUGUUAUAAUUUCGAAUUCAAUAUACUGCUCAUUAUUUAAUUAAUAGCAAUAAUAAUUAAUAUUCGGUUAUAGUUAAUAAUAAUUUUCUUUUGCUAAAUUUAUGUGAAUGUAUUAAGUGUAUUCACAUGCGUAACGAUUUGCUUAGAGUAUCAGAUGAAAGUGACUUUCCGUGUAGGCAUUUUUUUAUGAAAAACUCCUAUAGUAAUCAACGAAUAUGUGCACGGAGCCAGUGAGAUCAUUUUUUAGCCAGUGGCGACUUUGGAUAAGGCCUUUCUUUAUUGCGACAUAUAUAUUAUUGGUAAUUGUAUUAGUGCCAACACUAAUUGUACAUGCUAUUGAAAAUGGAUUUACAAAAUCUGAUCAAGGAACGUUGGUUGCUGGGGGCUUCGUACUCUUGGCUGUGCCAAUAUCAAUUUGGCAAAUUACACAACACAUAGUACACUAUACUAAACCGUCAUUACAAAAACAUAUUAUUCGAAUAUUAUGGAUGGUACCAAUUUAUGCCUUAAAUGCUUGGCUUGGCUUAGAAUUUCCUGAGCAGUCUAUAUAUAUGGACUCCCUAAGAGAAUGUUAUGAAGCAUAUGUUAUAUAUAAUUUCAUGAAGUAUUUACUUAAUUACCUCAAUGAUGGUAAUGAUUUUGAAGAAUUAUUAGAGUCAAAGCCUCAAGUGUAUCAUAUAUUCCCCUUGUGUUGUUUGGCUCCUUGGGAAAUGGGAAGUGAAUUUAUUCAUAACUGCAAGCAUGGGAUUCUGCAGUACACACUUGUGAGGCCUCUGACAACUGUCAUCUCAAUGAUAUGUGAACUUUGUGGUGUCUAUGGAGAAAGUGACUUCAGUGCAAAUGUUGCUUUCCCUUACAUGGUAGCAAUUAAUAACUUGUCACAAUUUGUGGCUAUGUAUUGUUUAGUAUUAUUUUACAGAGCAAAUAGGACAGAGUUAAAACCAAUGAAGCCUAUUGGAAAAUUUCUAUGCAUCAAAGCGGUAGUUUUCUUUUCAUUCUUCCAAGGCGUUAUUAUAAAUAUUUUGGUAUACUGUGGUGUGAUAUCAACAAUAUUUGAUAUUUCUGAUAAGGACAAGAUAAAGAUUAUGUCUUCCAAACUACAGGACUUCCUGAUUUGCAUAGAGAUGUUUAUAGCAGCGAUAGCCCAUCACUACAGUUUCUCGUACAAGCCUUAUAUAUCGCCUCUCGAUCCAUCUCCAUCGUGUUUGGGCUCGUUCCUCGCGAUGUGGGAUGUAUCUGAUGUCAAACGGGACAUUUCUGAGCAUCUUGGCGUUGUGGGAAGCUCAUUUAGCAGACGAUUACGAGGUAAAUCAAUGUAUCACAUGACCAAAGGUUAUGAUGAGAGCUCAAGGCUUGUCAGCGAACAAGUUCCAUCCAGCUCUGCUCCAGAUUUGACAGUUGAAGCCACGGAACCACCGUCGGUGGACAUACGACCUUCUGUAUAUGGAUCUCUCGAUAGCACCAUGGCAACGGGUUCAAUGAACUCUGAAACUGACCCCUUACUUGAUAUGUCCGAAGAUAAAUCUGAACCGAGAGCGUAAUUAACGAACUAAUACGAAUUGUAUGUUAGCGAUUAAAGAUAAAUGCAAUUUAAAAAAACCUUAUGCUAGUUGUUAGAAAUUUGUGUAUAAAAUAACGGAAUGAUAUGAUGACCACUUGCAAUGUCUAAUGUGGUAGAUCUAAGGUUUGGGGGGGGGGGGGAUUCCCACAGUAAAAGUAAUGGAGGAGUGCGGUAUGUAUGUUCAUAAUAUACUAUUAAAGUGAUUAAUGUCCUGUUUGGAUCGUUUUUUAUCAAUAAGAAAAUUUUCAAUAUCAAGGCAAGUAAUAAUAACAUUUAAAAUUUUGUGAUAUGGAGACCCCACUCCAAGCCCCAGAGUUUAUAUUGAAACUAUUUGAAUCAUUACUAUUAUGAAGUGUGAUGACGUCAUCAUAGUUUUAGUGUAUUUUACAAUGCAUAAUUUAAAUAUGAUUUUUUAUGGCCAUGGCGGUGUAACAGCAUUUAUAAUUGAAUCCAGAAAUGUGAAAUUAUAUUUAAUAAAAUAUUUUUAUGUAUAACAUAAAAAUAUUACGAAAAAUAGAUUAAAAUUACAUACUAAAACAUAUUCAUGAGUUUACUAUUGUCUCUGGUUUUAAGUGACAUUACAACACUAUUGCGUAUUAUUUAUGAUUUACGUAAGCCGGCGUUUUUUUUUUAAAUUUUUGUUAACGAUUCGAAGGACUUUCAUACUGUAUAUAAUAAUUCUAAUAAUCGGAAAAUAUUUAAUUAAAGGAUGUCAGUCGUUCAAUGAAUGAUUAUGUCAUAUCAACUUUUCUUCGGUUUUUAUCUGCGUUAAUUAUUGAACCGAAUGUUAAGUAAACAGCAACUGACAAACGCUUAUAAUGAACUAACCAAGUGUAUUUAAGAUAGAUUUCUAGAAAAUCCUUCAUAUUUUUUGGCUGAUUUUAUGAAUUAUAAAUAUAAUAUGACAAUGUAUGAUUUUAAAUGUAUAUUUAAGUAUUAUUAAUGUUGCAUUCCAAAGGCUAGAGCAAGUAUUUCUCCCUUCUCUGUACUUAAAGUGUGUUUUGUUGAGUGGAAUAAUUUUUUUUCUAUGCUAUUUCAAUACUAUUGAAGCGUAAAUACGACUUAAAUUUUUCCGAAAUAAUGUUUUUAACACAUUAAAAAUGCUUUAUAAACUAAUAUCUUUUUGGAAAAUUAGCUAUAUUUGAAAUAAUGUUUAUUUAUUCGUAACUAUGUUCUUACGCAAUUUAUAACUUUUCUUAGAAAUUCAUAUAUCGGAAGAUACAUGAGCAUCUCAAAUAGUAUUGUUAAUACAUUUAAACUUAAAGAGCACGGAUUUAGUCUUGCCAUAUAAAAGGAGUGUUUAUUACUAUUAAAUGUGCGUUGUAUGCGCGGCUAGAAUUUCAGUUACAAAAAUUAAUUUAACACUUCGUGAACGUACAAGUAUAGAAAUUGUUUAGGCCUUAUAUCAGCGACUUUGCUGUAACUUCACAUGGUGACAACGACAUAGUGUCACAAGGAGCAUAACCUUGGGAUAUACAAAAACCUGUUUCAGUAUCUCUAUUGGAAGUUAUAGUAAGGGGCUUAAGGUCUUUAAAAAUAUGAAAUUAUUUUUGAAAUUUAUCAUUUUUAAAUGGACUGAAAUGUAUAAAAUACACUACUCUCGUUUUUUUUUCACGUUUAAAAAGCUUUAAAUACUUUAUUGUGUGUGUUACUUUACAUAGAUCUUUCUUUUAUUAGCAAUAAAGCAUAAUAACCACACUAUGGUAAUAUAAUGGAAUGUGAUA